AUGGCGCAACUUCUGCGCCUUAUGAUGGAAGACCGUGAGGCAGCCCGUGCAGAGCGCCAAGCUAACCUUGCUACCCUUCAGCACCUCGCUCAAAUUGCUACCGGAAACGCCAACAACAAUAAUGGCGGGGAUGGUAAUGCAGACCCCCGCUCCAAGCUGAAGGAUUUCCAGAGCACCAAUCCACCUGUCUUCUCCAAGUGCACUGAACCCCUCGAUGCCGAUGACUGGCUUCGCACUAUUGAGAACAACCUGGAAGUUGCCGGAGUUGGCGACAAUGAGAAGGUUUUGUUCGCCACUCAUUAUCUUUCUGGACCUGCCCACGCUUGGUGGGAAAACGUCAAGGCUAUUCAAGCUGAGGGACACGUCAUCAACUGGGAAGAAUUCAAGACCAAGUUCCGCAAGACCCACAUUCCAUCAGGACUGAUUAAGCUCAUGAAGGACAAAUUCAUGAAUCUGAAGCAAGGAAGCAUGACUAGUAUUUUGGUCACUGUUCCGUACCCUAACCUUGAGUCCCUUGUUGAUGCCUCUAUCAUGGUGGAGAGCAAGCACAAGAGUGCGUUUGAGAACCGCAAGCGCAAGGCGAUGAUGCAGCAAGGCAGCUCCAGCAAUCAGCGACCCCGCAGCUUUCCUCCACCAAGGCCGGCGCCCCAGCAGCAGAGGACACCACCCCCUGCACCUCGCCCCAACAACCCCAACCGCAACUUCAACCCUCAGCGUUCUGGAGGAAACAACUACAAUCCCAGCUACAACCGCCCGAACAACAUUGUUCGCCCCGUCACCAACGGAUGCUACACUUGCGGACAGCCGGGUCAUUUCUCCAAGGAGUGUCCCAAUAAGAUGAACACUGCUCAGUGCCCCAAUGCGCCCAAGCCAAAUCAGGGUCAAGCCCGUACUGUCGCCGGAAGGAACCCGAACCAGAAGAGGUCUGCUGGACCAGCUAGGGGACACCUCAACCAUGUCAACGCGGAAGAAGCUCAGGAAGCUCCGGAUAUUGUUCUGGGUACGUUCCCUGUCAACUCAGUCCCCUCGACUGUUUUGUUCGACUCUGGAGCCUCGCAUUCUUUCGUUACCAAGCCCUUUGUGAAAAAGGGAGGCUUAACCCCCACCCCCUUGAAACGACCUAUGCUCGUACAAAUCCCUGGAUCCACUAGCAGAACCCAGAGUUCCUGCAAAGAGGUUCCCAUAGAUAUUCAGGGAAAACGUUUCCACGCAAAUCUGAUAGUGUUGGGUGAGCAAGGGUUGGAAGUUAUUUUAGGGAUGGAUUGGAUGGUGAAGUACAAGGGGCAUAUAGACUGUGCUCGCCGAGCUAUAACCAUGACUGCUGAGGACGGGGAAGUAGUUGAGCACGUGGCGACCAUGCCCUCAUCUAAGGCCUUAUGCAAGAAGAGUGUCGCUAGCCCAGCCCUGCAUGAAGUACCCAUAGUUUGUGAGUACCCUGAUGUCUUUCCAGAUGAGCUACCCGUUGAGUUGAAGAAGCAGUUGGAUGACAUGUUGAAGAAAGGAUUGAUUCGCCCGAGCGCAUCACCCUGGGGAUCUCCUGUUAUCUUUGUGGAUAAGCGGGACGGUACUAUCCGCCUGUGCGUGGAUUACCGAAAACUGAAUGAUGUCACCAUCAAAAACAAAUAUCCCCUCCCGAAGAUUGAAGAUUUAUUCGACCAGAUGAAUGGCGCCCGAGUUUUCUCCAAGAUUGAUCUCCGAACGGGUUAUCAUCAACUCAAGGUUCGAGAGUUAGACAUUCCCAAAACCGCCUUCACCACACGGUAUGGACUUUUUGAAUAUACCGUGAUGUCCUUCGGACUGACCAAUGCCCCUGCCUAUUUCAUGAAUCUCAUGAACAAGGUGUUCAUGAAGUACCUCGACAAGUUCAUCGUGGUUUUCAUCGAUGAUAUUCUGAUCUACUCCAAGAAUGAAGAAGAGCAUGCUGAACAUCUGCGAAUUGUUUUGGGAACUCUCCGCGAACAUCAGCUUUACGCCAAGUUUAGUAAAUGUGAAUUUUGGCUGAAAGAAGUAGGAUUCCUUGGUCAUGUCAUUUCUGCCGGAGGAGUGUCAGUUGACCCGUCCAAAAUUCAGUCCAUCAUGGAGAAGAAAGCCCCUACCAAUCAGACCGAAUUGUUGAAGAAGGAUAAGAAGUUCGAGUGGACCGAUAAGUGUGUGGCAAGUUUUCAGGAACUCAAGAAGCGAUUAGUUACAGCCCCCGUCUUGACCAUGCCCGAUAUCACCAAGGAUUUUGAUGUGUACUGCGAUGCAUCAAAAUAG